AUGGAAAGUUUGUAUGAGAAUAAUUUGGGUUCGAGUUUGGAGGUGAGGAAUCGUAUAUUUGGAAGUGUAAUAGAGUAUUUUAUAUGUUUGAAGAAGUUUCGUGAUGCAGAUGUAGCAACAAGACAAGCUCCAUCAGAUCCUUUAAUGGAACUUGUUUUAUUAUCACCAAGACGUUCAUUAAUAUUUAUACGUUUCUCAAUACUCUUUUCUAUCUUCAUCUCGGUGAUUUUACUCGUUCCUGAUCUUAUAAUCUCCAAAUUCGAUCAUUUCUCAUCAAAUGUAUUAAGAUUUGCUUUUACUGUUGUGUUGUAUUAUUAUACAUUUCCACCAAAUCAUGAAACUAGAAAAUAUAAAUAUAAAAGUAUAAUAUUACCAAAAGUUGUUUAUAAAAAUGCUACGGGAUUGAAAUCAGAAUGUUGUGGUAUAUGUUUAGAUGAUUUUACUGAUGAAGAUGUUUUAAGAAUAUUACAAUGUUAUCAUGGAUUUCAUGUCAAAUGUAUUGAUUUAUGGUUAUGUAGAAGUCUAGUAUGUCCAUUAUGUAUGAAAACACUUAUCUAA